AUGGCAGGACCAGCAGCUCAAGCAGCCAAGAACAAGGCUCGUCAGAUCUUCAUGAAGAACUGGUACCUGAGCCGCCUCGCGCGCGGACCAGACGUCAUCUGGGACCGAAAGAACAACCCCACACCCUGGAACAACGUCGAACCAGGCACCAACACCAAGAUGAUGAGCGUCAACCAGCAGUUUGACAAGCAGUACAAGCGCGAUCGUCUUUAG